AUGAACACGGAAGUGGGUAGAUUAAAUGCGUACAAAGAAAAAACUAAAGUUGAUGGUGAAGAGCUAGUACUCAAUGUCUUUCCAAAACGUGUAUUUGAAAUGGAAGACAUAUUAGCGUCGGAUAUGUUUUUUCUAGAGGGAAAGUAUGUCCAUUCUGAUGUGAAUAUACCUUAUCCUAUUAAUCCACAUAAUUCGUUGCCUCCUGGUGAUGAUAUGGAUUCUGGUUUAACCAAUGCUACAGAUAAACUGACCAAUGAUAAACAACAGUUUCCUAGUAAAGGUUCUUUUGUCUACGCCUUACCAAAUGGCUCUGUGUCAUAUAAUAAACAUAUCAAAGCUAUGAUAGAGAAAACCAAACCAUGUUUAACUCAACUUAUGAUUGAAGCUCAACUUGUUCGUUUAUGGGUUCAAUUUAAUAUACCACGAAUUGAAGAUGGAAAUAAUUUUGGUGUAGGAAUACAAGAAGAGAUUUUAGGUGAAGCAUCGGGUAUCGAGAGGGAUGCAUGUACUUUCUUGGAUCAAGUCACAAGAUAUUAUGCCUCAAGAGGGAAAUUAGUGGGUAAAGUAGCAAAAUAUCCUCAUAUUGAAGACUAUCGUGAAUGUAUCCGUGAUAUGGAUGAGAAACAAGCAAUAACAAUGCGAUAUAUUAUCAUGGAAAUUCGUAAUCACUAUGCCACCUUGCAUGAUAUAAUAAUAAAAAAUCUGGAUCGUAUAAAAAUGCCUCGUUCCAAUAAUGCGAUCAAUAUGUACUAA